GGUUUUUUCUCUUUUCUUAGUGCUCCGCUAAUAGGUGCUCUAUCAGAUGUAUGGGGAAGAAAAUACUUUCUUCUAAUUACAGUUUUCUUCACUUGUGCCCCAAUUCCAUUAAUGAGAAUAAGUCCAUGGUGGUACUUCAUCAUGAUUUCACUGUCCGGAAUCUUUUCUGUUACCUUUUCUGUAAUAUUUGCCUAUGUAGCUGAUGUAACACAAGAACAUGAAAGAAUUACAGCCUAUGGACUGGUAUCUGCCACUUUUGCAGCAAGUUUGGUAACUAGUCCUGCUAUUGGAGCAUACUUGUCUGCCCGCUAUGGAGAUAACCUCGUUGUACUAGUGGCCACAUUGGUUGCAGUUGUGGACAUCUGCUUCAUUCUGCUAGCUGUACCUGAAUCUCUUCCAGAAAAAAUAAGACCUGCUUCGUGGGGAGCUUCUAUAUCAUGGGAACAAGCAGGUCCUUUCACAUCUUUGAAGAAGGUUAGAAAAGAUUCUACAGUUCUCCUGAUAUGCAUUACAGUGUUUCUCUCCUAUCUGCCUGAGGCUGGCCAGUAUUCUAGCUUUUUUCUGUACUUGCGACAGAUUAUAGGUUUUGGAUCUGCCAGCAUUGCAGCGUUUAUAGCUGUGGUAGGCAUUCUGUCUAUACUAGCUCAGGUGGCUGAGCUGCAGGAGGUAGUGAGAAGGCUGCACAUCAAGGAGGCUAAGAAAGUGUUAGAUAGCUGGUUCCAAGCACAGUCUGCAGUGGACCCACAGCCGAAAAGACAAGAAUUCCCCUGCAGCACUCACAGAAGGGAAGGGGCCAAUAACAGAAGGAUUGAAGCUUGCAGUGGGAAGGACCUGCAGGAGGAAGAAACAUCCCUGAAGCCUAGAGAUGCCCUAGAUGCCCUUGCUGAACAGCUUUAG